UUAAAAUACAAAUAAAUUAUAGAAUGUGAUGUUAAAAACAUAUAAUUAGUGUCAAACGAUUUUUAAAUAUUCAGUACAAGAACAAGAAAUACAUAUAAACGAGAUAAAUGUGGAAUGCUUUUUAACUAAAUGUUUAAACUCUUUUGAAGAAAUUUUAAGAGAAUAAUAAACACCCACUUUAUUUUUGCAUUCCCCUCAGCGGUUUGGCAUCGUCAUUGCUUCCAUCACAAACAAAAACUUCGAUCGUAAAACACCGCUGUCAAUCUUUCUAAUUUUUAACUUUUCACAAUACUUUUAAUUCAAAUUGAGUUCUGUGUUAUUGCCAGUUGGCAAUGUGCAAAUAUAUUUUAUAAUAUGAAUAAAUACAUGUAUAUACAUGUGUAUAUGAAUACCAGUAUACAUACAUAUGUAUAUGUAAAUACUGAUUUACUACUGUGUAUAUAAUCUUUAAGUGUGUAAAAACGUGUACUUCGCGAAAGUCAGCAAAAAAGUAAACUGAAAGAAUCGUUUUGCAUAAUAUAAAUAUCUAUAUUCGAUAUAUGCCAUACUUACGUAUGUAUGUAUAUAUGUAUGUACAUAUAUACAUAUAAGUAAACGUACAUUUGUGUUUGUUUAUGAUUUAUUUGUUCAUUGUUAAAUAGUAAUGAAUAAUAGUAGAAAAUGCUAAAAAGAAAAUAAAAAAUAUACAAAGUAAAAUAUCAGACUUGUUAUUGGAUAAUGAUUAAGGAGAAUUGAAAUAUAAUUGUUGUCGUUUAACACAAAUUAAAAAAAAAUGGAUUAUCUUUAUAUUGUUAAUGCUUUUAAACAACAGCAACAACAAUUUUUGCUGCAUCAACAACAACUGCAACAACAAUUACAAAGUCAAUCUUCUACAACAAACACUUUAUCGCUCCAACAACAAUUAGAUAGCUCCAAUAUGUCCAAUAGUUUAAUAUGGCAACCUUGGCGAGAUUUGCAACAAGCUGCUGUUCACCAUCAAUUAUAUCAUCAACACCAUCAACUACUGUUUAAAAAAGAGACCCGGUUAACUUCCAAAGAAUUGCCAACUACAGCAUGGCGCCGUGAACGACGUUUACGUACGGGUGAGUAUCAUCAUCCACACCAUCACCCAUCGCCGGGUUCCUCGACAAAUAGUGUGCGUGCUUCGUCCCCCAGUUCGUCGCCGCCGCCAGCUGCCCAUGUCCAACACUCUCCCAUAUCCUCUGGAUCAGUAUCUAAUGCGAACACGCACAUACACACUAAUGCUCAUCAGAUUUCAAUAAUGAUGGCUGCCGCCGCAGCAGCAAGCAUGCGUCCUUUAAGUGAAUCUGCAAGUUGUUCCGCGUCAUCUACACCGCCCCAUUCUACUUUAACGGGACAAAUUAAUUUGGGUCAAAUUGCACACUCUCAGGUUUUGCAACAUAUUCACUCGGUUCAAAGUGACGACGCGCCAUUAGAUAUGUCUGUUGGUACUUUAAAACAACGCAAUUCACCUCCACCACCCUAUCGGGAGCCAUUACCUGGUUCUCAAUUUGCUUCAUCGUUAGCGCGCCCUAGUGUAAUAACACAAGCACCACCAAAACGAGAUGUUAGAGAGUCACCUCUAGUAGCGAAUCGAGAAAAUGACAAUCGUAGUUGCGAAUCUAUUGACGAACAUUUUCGACGUUCGCUGGGUCCGGGCUACCACGCAUUAUUUUCGAAGAGAUCUCCUGCUAACCAGUCGACGAAAACACCAUCACCCCAACCCCAAAAUCCACAGCCACCAAGAGCUCAUGUCAGGAGUCCAUCUCCAACAUUACCGUCAUCAUCUGGAGCAUCAUCCUUGCCCUCUCAUACUGUCUUAACACAAUUAGAAUUGAAUCCUCCACCCGCUUACCCAACCAGUUUACCCACAGACAAUCAUCAGCAUAACACACAGCAUGCACACCAGAACCAAGUACAUGUAGCACCUAAAGCUAAUUCUGUUUUACUAUCACCAGCUGCCAUAGCAACCCAAAUUAAAAUAUCGACAAGACCAAAUUCUCCACCUUUGCCAUUGGUGGUUAGACCAUGUGGGCAGCCAAAACAGCAACAGGCUAUUAGCUUGCAGAAGUCUUCGUCGUUAAUAGCUAUUACGCCACUAACUUCACCACAUUCACCUGCACCAAUACCAGGGGUUAAGUUGGGCAACACUACGCAAACGCCAAUAUUUAAUGCGGUUGGGUCCAGAACAGCUUCCCCAUUGCCUUUGCAUCAGCACCAGCAACAGUUACCGGCAGUUGGAGUGACUAUUUCUCAUUUUGCCUCAAUUGAUAAUUCUCCAUCAUCAUCACCACGUCGUACGCCACCGGCAAUGAACGUGCCAGUUUCAAACCCUUCACCCAAUUUGCCUGCUAUAAUGCGUAUAAAAACUGAACCUGGGUUGCAAAAUGUUAAAUCCCAUAAUCCAACUCCGCCAGCUUCUCCUACUUCUACCACUAAUCAUAACGUAAGUUCUAACUCUACAACCUUUUCUUCUAAUACGUCUUCUCCUUCACCGUCCUCCCCUAUAACUUCAAACUGGAAAUCUACCAAUGCCGGCAAUGCAAGUGCUGAAGUUUUAGCAUCAGUAGAUGACCAUUUCGCAAAAGCAUUGGGAGAUACUUGGAAGAAAUUACAAGAAAGUAAAGAAGUUCGUAAAUGAAUUCAUUAAGAGAAUAAAAAAACCUUUGCAGUUCAUACGUAAAAUGAAAUGGUUUAAAAAAGGUAGAACUUUACAAAAAAAAAAAAAAAAAACAAGCUAAAUUUUUAGGAAAAUUAUAUUAAAAAAUCAUCAUCGAUUGAAUGCAAUUUAUUAAAACAUUUGGAGUGAUAUUUUUACAAAGUGAUAUUUGAAUAAAAACUUAGUUUUCGUUUGAAUAUUAAAAUAAUCUUAUAAAAUCAAAAAAAUAUAUAAUACAACAACAUAUCGUUGAUUUAAUUCAAAAUUGACUUGAUAUGUUUCAAUUAGACGAAAAUAAACUUUGGAGCUGUAACCAGUCAUUUAUAAACACAAAGGAUGUGUUUCGUCCCACAUUAACUCAUCGGUAUAUAAAAUAUACUCUUAAUACGUAUGUGCAUACCAACUGCAACGUAUAUUUAUGAAAGAUCUCAAUUUAAAAUGUGUUUUGUUUGAACAGUUCAUACCACAGUUCUAUUUGCUUGAGUUAUGAAACGUAA